AUGGCUGAAAGCAAGUCUGAGACAAAGCCCGAUGGCACACUGUCAUAUAAACUAGAAAUUUAUUUUGCUGUUUAUGGGCCGAGUGAUGUCACCCGAGAAGUGAGGAGCUUUAUUCAACAUGAACGCCUUACGGUCAAAGCCGCCAAUUCUGUCUUUAGCGACACUUGGAAAGGACACAGGAAGACACUCGUAGUUGUUUAUAGAUAUGGCAAUUCUGAUUUAAAGCAAGCGAUCAUAAAAGAAGGGGAUACCCUACAACUAACACCACCGCCAACACUAGUUUCUGCCGAGCUCGGGGACAAAG